UGACGCCUACUCGUCCAGCUACUGACGAGCCUUCUAUUGACUAUUCUCCUACCAUCGCCGAGGACGGCACUGUCGAGUCUCGCUCAGGUGAUUGUCUGAUAGCCUUCUACUCCCGUCAGCUCCUGCCCGCCGAGAUAAACUACACUGCUGAUGAACGUGAGGUUCUCGCAGUAGUUUAUGCCGCUCGGCACUGGCGUCACUACCUGCACGGGGCACCAUUCACGCCGAAGCGCAAGGACUUUGUGAAGGACUACGUCGCAGAGUGUCCCACCUGUAAGGAGGUGAACAGUGCGAACCACCUACCUUAUAGUUUGCUUCAGCCUCUUCCUAUCCCUGAGGGUCGUUGGCAGUCCAUCUCGAUGGACUUUAUCGGUCCUCUUCGACCUCCGACCCCCCGCGGUCAUGAUGCUAUCCUGGUCGUCGUCGACCGCUUCACGAAGCGUGCACGCUUUGUUCCGUGCCGCUAUGCCAUCAGUGCACGUGAGGUCGCCGAGAUCGUAUUUGACCGAGUCGUGCGUGACCACGGCUUACCUCUGAGCAUCAUAUCUGACCGUGACCCGCGCUUUACCAGCCGAUUCUGGCGACGGCUCCACGAGGUGUACGGCACUCAGCUCCGCUUCUCCUCGUCUUACCAUCCUCABACKGAUGGUYWGACCGAGAYCACGAACAGGACUCUCGGGGAUAUUCUCCGAAAGAUUGUUCGUGACGACCAGCARUGGGAUCUCCAUCUUGCCCACGCGGAGAUAGCCUACAACCACGCCGUCUCGCCAGCCACGGGGAUGUCGCCUUACUAUUGCGACCUCGRCUAUCACCCGCGUGUUCCCGCGGACUUCCUUCGACCGUCCCAGAUGCACCCCGACACGAGUUGUCCCGCGSUGGAUGAUUGGGUUGCACACAUGACGUCGAUUAUGAAGACCGCACAUGAGCACAUAGCCGCUUCCCAGACUCGCAUGGCAGCACGUGCGAACCGAUCGAGGAUGGAUCACCCAUUGAAGGUCGGUGAUGAUAUGCUUAUCGACGCCCGCAACUUACAGCUCGAAGCGGACACGCUUCGCAAGUUUCGGCGUCGCUUCUUUGGCUCAUUCCGCAUCCUCCAGGCCGUCGGUUCUGAUACGGCAUCUAGCCCGGUCAGCUUUCGUGUGAAGCUGCCCGACUACCUACGCUAGGCUCGUGUGCAUGAUGUCUACCACGUCUCGUUACUGCGUCCUUACCGCA